UAUAAGGAUCAGCUAGUGAUUUCAGAGUUCGGCGAAAAUGGUUACAGCCCUUACGGAUGAACUUUAUGGAAUUUCAUUGAGAGGUGAUGUUAGCGAGCUUACAAAGUGGCGAGAGAAAAACCCAAACCUUCCUCUUAACCCAAAAUUUACAGCUCAUCUUAGAACUCCUUUACAUAUAGCAGCUAUGUGCGGCCAUGUCAAGUUUGCAGAAGAACUUUGUCGUCUUGACAGGAAACUCGCGAAGGAGAAAGACACGCAUGAUUACACUCCUCUUCACUUGGCUUCUGAAAGACCAAGCGUAUGUAUGGUGAAAAAGUUGUUAGAUGUCGAUACGGGAGUUUGUAUGGAUAAAGAUGAAGAUGGACGAACACCUAUAUAUUUAGCAGCAAUGGAAGACCGAUAUAAGAUCAUAGAGGCGUUAAUCAAGAUGAAGCCUGAAGCAAUUCACAUUCGUUAUGCUCAAAAUGAGACGAUACUGCACCUCUGCGUCGAACAUGACAGUUUGAAGUCCCUAAAAUUGUUAUUGGUAAAGGACUUGCCACAUGGGGAUGCACAGUCUAUGAACAUGGAUGUUAUAUCUAUCAACUCCUGAGAUGAUGAUGGGAACACGAUUUUGCACCUUGCUGCAGAUACGAAGAAAGUGAAGUGUAUAAAGUUUUUAGUCGAGAGCAAGAACUCCCGAAUGGACAUGAAUGCCUUGAACAACAAAAACAUCAAAGCACUCCAUAUGUUAACACCAAAACAAAGAGAUAAUUUUCAUAUUGAUUCCUCUCGUUUUAAGAAGCCAGAGAAAAUACAUAAAGAAUGGUUGAAAGAGAGAGUGAGUGCGUUAAUGGUGGUUGCGACAUUAAUUGCAGGAAUCGCUUUUCAAGCAGCUAUAAAUCCGCCAGGUGGUGUAUUUCAAGACGACUCUUAUAUUAAUUCUCGUGAAAAUCCUUUUACUUUUACUUAUUAUCUGGGGUCUGUGGAUGGCUCCCCCAUGUCUAAGUUUGGUAAAUAUCUAAGUAGCCUUAUUAACCCGAAGCCAAAUGAUACACGUACUACGGUUAAUGCACAAAAAUACACCACCCAGAGCCAGAAUUCCACAAUGAUUAUGAAAACCGCCACUUUUGUUAGGCAUCUGUUAGAUACACUGAAAAAUGGUUCUUAUGCUUCUGGUAAUUCUUGUGUGGAGAGCAAAUCACCUGGUAUUGUUUUGGAACAUGAAAAGUGGAAACCAAUCCUUUCCGAGCAUGACCGUACUGCAAAUUUUACCCCGUAUCUCAUACGUUAUGCUGGGACACCAAUACUGGCUUAUGCACACCCCAGAAUUUACUUUGUCUACAUAAUAUGUAAUGCAAUUGCAUUCUUAAUUUCUGUAAGCAUAAUCAUGAUAGUCAUAAGUGGGCCUGUGUACGAACAUUCUAUACAUCAACAGGUUAAAGUUCUUGCGUGGAUGUUGUUCUUUUCAAUCACCGUAUGGAUCGGGAGUUACAUAUCUGUAUUCAUAAGCAUGUCUCCUCCUUUUUACAAAAAUUCGAGUAUUUUAUCAAAGUCAUCCUACUGGUGCCUUAUAAUCCUGUCAGCUUUCAUAGUUGGGUAUCUGAUCUGCCAGAAGUUGAAGUAUUGGAAGCAAAUGGUGAUGUUGCACAUUUUGAAGAAAGAAGUGUUAAUAGAUCAGUUACAUAAAGAGAAGAAUGAAUUAUUUGAACGCAUCUUGAGACCAUUUGUGUUUAGGUAUCUGGCGGUCUUUUAUUUGUUUGGGCUCUCCCCAUUUCUCUUGUAUACUAUAUUUGAUUAGUAGUUACACCAGUUCAGUGUAGUGUUUAAUUUA